GUCCGGAUAAUCCAAGUGUGCGAAAACAUCGGAAGUGAUUUGCGUUCCACGAUCCUGCCAUAUUCACGACCUGACAUGGCACGCGACCAGCGUCCUUGACACCCGGAGGGCGAAUUCCAGCACAGGAUUGCAUUUGAUUCCCCAGGAGGAGUCCAGCCUCAGUCUCACCUGCCCUGCAAUCUCGAUGCCAAUAUCCCGGUGCAAUCCAUCCACGGCCUCUCAAUCAAGUAGACGACAAUGGCUUCUUUGAGUCACACGGUCGCCGACCCAGCAAGCUCCAAUGUCCGACCUCCUCGAAGUCCUUCCUGAUUUCGACCCCAAGGCGUACAUCCAUCUCCUACACUCGCUUGAGAAGAAUGACAUUACCGUGGCCGACCUGGUCAGCCUCGAUCCCAUAGAUAUCGCUCGACGAUGUCCUCUUCCCGCCGCCGAUGUUCAGCGAUUGGUGUCGGACGUUGUCAGAGCUCUUCAAGAAGACGUGCAGGCUAGAGCAGACAAGAGGUGGGCGGUCAAAUCUCGCUGGCCACAGCAAGCCACAAUCUCAAUUGACGAGGAGACACAUGCGGCCUCUUCGCAUAAUGAAGCGAGAAUCAGCACGCUCGUUCCUGACAUCGACCACGCGUUAGGAGGUGGCCUUGUACCCGGACAUAUCAUUGAAGUGGUUGGAGAGAGUGCUGUGGGCAAGACUCAAUUUGUUCUCGGCCUGCUCCUCUCUGCCCAACUCCCCCCUCCGCGUGGACUGGGGAAAGGUUCAAUUUAUGUUUCUACUGAGGCACCACUCAACACUGCUCGCCUGAAACAAAUGCUAAUAUCCCACCCUGAAUACGAAAGGCUCGAGCCAGCAGAUCGCCCGUCACUAGAUCAUGUGCACGCAAUCGGAACCAAUGAUCUUGAAGCACAAGAACAUAUCCUUCGGUAUCAGCUACCUGUUGCAAUUCAACGGCUCGAUGUCGGCCUGAUUGUCUUGGAUUCAGUUGCUGCGAAUUUCCGGGCUGAGCACGAAAGCCGUACCGCAGCUGGACUGGCAGAAAGAGCCACCGCGCUUGGUAAAUUGGGGAUUACGCUGAGGCGCGUUGCUAUUGAGAACAAUGCCGUGGUUGUCGUCACAAACCAAGUGUCAGACCGAUUCGAUGAAGUCAGAAGCAUCCUUCGGUCUUCAUCCCCCGCAACUUCUUCACCAUCAAUGUCAACGCCGAAUCCAACCAUGACAGUAGCUGAGCUACGAAGAGAAACUCAGAGCCUCGAUCAUCAACAACGCUUCUUCACAGGCUGGGGUGACGACAGAGAUGAAAAGCGUAAUCAACUGAAGAAUCCGGCAUUAGGUUUAGCCUGGGCAAACCAGAUUUCUGCUCGCAUUGUCCUUAAGAUGGAAAGUGAACGACAGGAAUAUCUGGGAGGCAAUAUUUGGAAGGACAAGAAGAAAGCUCGGACGUUGCGGGUUGUAUUCGCACCGUGGGCGAGGACGACAAGGUCUCCUAUUCGUUACGAGAUAGGACUGCAAGGCAUUGUAUCUGUCGUCGAGGACGAAUUGCCUGGACAAGCACAAGGACCGCCAGAUGGGGAGCAUACGGAACUGCUCGACGAGGAGUUUUGGCCUACAGAUGAGGACGAAGAAUUCCCAUGAAAGUGAGGCUCUUCACCAGAUGCACUGCUUCUUGGGUAGCCAGUUCCUGUCUAGACAUAAUGAGAACCUGAAUUUCCAUAA